CUCAUUUAUUUUUUGAUAGUUGAAGUAGUUAGCGAAUACAGAAAUACUAACGUUGAAAUACAAAAAUAUGGGUUCAGAAGUUCCCAAUGAAUUUAAAUUAAACAGCUGCCCCAGUGACGGAAUAUCUGCUGUGAAAUUCGCUCCUACUACCUCGCAGUUUCUUCUGGCAUCAUCAUGGGAUUGUACUGUUCGACUGUAUGAUAUAACUGAGAACACACAGCGGUUUAAAUAUACUCACUCGACACCUGUGUUGGACUGUUGUUUCUCUGAUGGUACUCAUGCAUGGAGUGGAGGAUUAGAUUGUACUCUCAAAUCUUAUGAUUUCAACUCAGGAAUGGAAAUGGUAAUUGGCAAUCAUAAUGCUCCCAUCAGGUGUGUGGAGUAUUGUCCUGAAGUUGAUGUGAUAAUCACUGGAAGUUGGGAUCAGACAUUGAAACUCUGGGAUUCAAGAGAUAAAAAAUCUAUUGGAUCUUAUUCACAACCUGAGAAGGUCUACACAAUGGCAGUCUCAGGUGAUCGGGUUAUCGUUGGUACUGCAGGAAAACGAGUCCUGGUUUGGGAUUUAAGGAACAUGAGCUAUGUACAACAACGACGGGAAUCAAGUUUGAAGUAUCAAACAAGAUGUAUAAGAGCUUUUCCUAAUAAACAAGGAUUUGUUUUGAGUUCAAUAGAAGGUAGAGUUGCAGUAGAAUACCUUGAUCCAUCACCAGAAAUCCAGAAAAAGAAAUAUGCUUUCAAAUGUCACAGGACGAAGAAGGAUGGAGUUGAAAAUAUCUAUCCUGUCAAUGCAAUAUCGUUUCAUAACAAGUACAACACUUUUGCAACCGGUGGAUCAGAUGGUUUUGUUAAUGUUUGGGAUGGAUUUAACAAGAAGCGACUCUGCCAAUUUCAUCUUUAUCCAACAUCUAUCGCAUCACUCUCAUUCAGUCAUGAUGGAUCAAUGCUGGCUAUUGCAUCAUCAUACAUGUAUGAGAACGGAGAACCUGCACCAGAUGAUGCGAGUAAUCCAGAUGAUGCCAUAUAUGUGAGACAUGUAACUGAUGCAGAGACGAAACCGAAAUCUCUGGCGACCUAAUUGAAAAUGAUCACAUCAUGCUGAAAUAGCUGCUUCCCAUGCGGUGGAGUUUUGGCCAUCUUUGAUUUUGUGCAUCCCUACUGUUUUGUACUAAGUCAAGGAAAUGUGACAUUGUUGAAGUUAUUCCCACAUUACCACCAGUAGGGCUGGGCAGUGCGAAACAAAUAGCAAAUUAUUCCAAUUGAUUCAGAUGAAAAUUUCAAAUUGCUCCAAAGGAUAAGAUGAAUCCCUCAACUUAGUUCUAUUGAAGCCCUAUUUUUAAUAUGCAAUUCUGACAUAAGAUCCGACUCUUUAUUUCCUAAUGAGUUAUUGAUGGAAUAAUUUUCUUAUUGUCUGUGAACACUCAGAUUUGCCUAUGUGAUAUAUUCCAUGUUUUCAGCAAUUCAUGUGUCCGGAUAUCACAUACAAUUACAUAUCUCACAAUAUUCGAGAUAUGCGAUUCUCUAAUUAUCGGGUAUUCGAAAAUGCCCAGCCCUAACCACAAGAAGAAUAGACUAAGGAUAUGAAUGAUAGGAUUUACAUAUUUAUUCUGACUAAGCGUCUCGUAAAAGUUGGAUUCUCUGUAUUGAGGCUCAUUUAGGGAUAAAGUAUUUUAAAGUUAAAAUUUUACCACUUUUCCUUAAGCUUUGAGCAAUUUCUCAAUUUUCUAUCAUACCAGUGAGACCUACUGUACAUCAGAAAAAAAUGAUUUUGGAAACGUAACAGAAUUGACUUUUCGACUUUACCGGUUACAUUAAUCUUUGUGAUUAAUUUAUUUAUCGGGGAUAUGCAUGAACUUACAUUCUAUUUUUAAUGUCAGCUUCCGAGUGUAAAAUUUAGUCAAAAAUAUUUUUGACAAAACACUGUCUUAUAAUAUUUGAAUAUAAAAAUAUGUCUUGAUAUCAAA